CUCACGCUCCCUCUUUCCUUUCCUUUUUAUUCUCCUUGUCAAUCUCUUGUCAACUGAUCGUAUAAUCAUUCACGAGAGACGAGUGGACAAAAGAAGGUUAAAAUUCCAUUUUAACUUUCUCUAAUCCCCGCUUCUUGCGAAAGAUUAAACGAAUCCAUUUAGAGUUUCUUAAUUAUGGGUCGGCUCAAAUUCGCAUGCCCUGUUCUAGAGAUCAACUUAAUCUCAGCGCAAGAUCUUGCCCCGAUCUCUCGAAACAUGAAAACGUAUUCCGUCGCGUGGAUCAACACCGAUCCCAUGAGAAAACUCACGACGCGCGUCGAUCAAUCCAAUAGAGCUAAUCCAAUCUGGAACGAGAAAUUCGUGUUUCGCGUCAACGACAAGAUCCUAGACGUAGACGCAUCGGCGAUUGUGAUUGAGGUUUACGCAGCGGCUUGGGCCAAAGACGCGCUUGUUGGUACAGUGAAUGUUCUCCUUAGCGAUCUCUUCGCUCCCUGGUCUGGUUUCGGCGACGGUGACGAUGGUGGUGGCGGGAAUAACAAUAUGAGGCUCGUGACGCUUCAGAUUCGUCGUCCUUCAGGGAGGCUUCAAGGAUUUUUACGGUUAGGCGUUGCGCUUCUUGACGGUGGUCAACGGAGUAUGCCGUUAUCGAUUGAGGUUUUCGACGGAAGCAGAAGAGGAGGGAGGAGCAAUAGUAAAAGAGAGCAAGAAGUCUCGAAGAUGAUGCAUCAUCGUCGUACGAAUAGCGAUCAGACGGAUUUAACGACGUCGUCGAAUGAUUACGGAGUUAAAACAGGGCUAGUUACCGGAGGAGGUGGAGGAGGAGGAGGAGGAGGUGGUGUUGUUGUUGGUGCGGAUAGUAUGGUGAAUGGUUCGCUGUGUAGCUCAGAUAUUGGACCGUCUGCGUCUGUGGUUGCGGCUGCGAUUGCGCAGGGAUUGUAUAAUCGGCAGAAAACGGCGGUUGCGGCGGCGAAAGAGGACGCGAGUUCGAUUCUUGAAGGGAAGACGGAAGGGGUUGAGCAUAGAGUGGAGAGGUGGAGAGCGGAGAAGAAAGGUACGGUUGCGAGUAAUGAAGCGGCUGGAUCGAGUGAUGAUUCUAGUGGGAAAGGAGGAGGUGGAGGAAGGAGGAGGAGGAGGAGGAGGAGAAAGGAGAAACAACAACGGCGGAGAAACGGAGGAGGAGAGAGGAAGAAAGGGUUGUUUUCGUGUUUUGGUAAUGUGUUUGGUUGUGAGAUUUCGAUUACUUGUGGUGGUGGAAGCGGCGGAGAAGGAGACAGCACGAAGAAGAGAUAUAAUAACAAUAAAGUAGUCAAUCUUAGUGCUGUAGACGAAACGUUUAGUCAUUCUGCGACUUGACAAAAAAGUGUUUGUGUAUAUUUUCUUCUUUUCUUUUGGUGGUGUAAACGUUUGAUGGAUUAAAUUGUGUAGAUUUCAAAGGUUUGGGGUGAAACGUAUAUUAAUAAAA